GUUAAAAAUUAAAAACCUCAGCAUUAAAGCGGUUAUGCAAUUUAAUAUGCGCCAGUACUGGAGUAAUUACGCGUCGGCUCGGCUGCUGGUUGUUUUGAGUCAUGGUGAGCUGGAUCAUGUCCGCCGGGUUUUGCCGGGUCUCUUCUGUGCUCCGCCGGGUCUCCUCGGCUGUUUCCGCCGGCUCGGCUCGCUUCGGCUCCGGCUGUCAGGAGCGGCUCCGCUGGCCUCCGCUGGCCGGGGAUGUGGAUCGGUUCGGAGGCGUGACGGUGCGAGACUUUCCGCCGGACAUCAGCGAGGACGAGUUCAGCGAGCUGCUGCGGGGUACAGGAGCGAGUGUAUUGACAUGUUUCUGGCUCGGACCGGGAGAGGACAGACUGCCUUCGUUCGCCACACAUCAAGUAGGAGUCGCUGGUGCUGUUGUGGACGAAUCCAACGGCAAAGUCCUUGUUGUUCAGGACAGAAAUAAGACGAAGAAUGCUUGGAAGUUUCCCGGUGGUCUGUCAGAUCUUGGAGAAAACAUCGGCGAGACGGCCGUCCGGGAGGUUUUUGAAGAAACCGGCGUGCGAUCGCAGUUCUGUUCGCUCCUCAGUAUCCGUCAGCAGCACAAUCAUCCGGGAGCGUUCGGGAUGUCCGACAUGUACCUGAUCUGCAGACUCAGCCCGCUCUCCUUCCGCAUCGACUUCUGCACUCAAGAGUGUCUGCGCUGCGAAUGGCUGGAUCUGACUGAACUCGCCGAGACCGGCGAGACCACGCCGAUCACCAGUCGCGUCGCCAGACUCCUGCUGUACGGACUGGAAAACGGCUUCCAGAACAUCGACCUGACGAUGGAGCAGAUGCCGGCCGUUUAUUCCGGCCUUUUCUAUCAGCUCUACCACAGACGACUGCCAUAGAGCAACUCCACACUGCACAAAACCAUUUGCUUUGUUCUCAGUACAGUACUUUAUUUAAUCAAGAUGCAUUUACUGGAGAAGCACAGUGACUUAAGACCUUUAGGCCUGGUUUCACAGACAGGGCUUAGACUAAGCCAUAGUUCAAUUAGGACAUGUAAGUUGUUUUUAUAAGCCUGCCUUAGAAAAAAAACAUUACUGGCGUGCAUCUUGAGACAAAACAAAGGCACUGAUAUUUUAAGAUCA